CGCUGUACACUGGGCUGCCGGUGCCUUUCGUAGAUCUCGGUGUGUGUCUCCCGGCAGCAGCCAUCAUCUUUAUGUAAAGCCGACCAUAGCGAUCAUGGUGUGGUCCUGGCCCGUUAUGGGAUGUGGAAAGCCCUUGGUGUAUCCGAUCUGAUUGCCUGUAUAUACAGAUUCUAGACAAAGACGAGUUGAAAUAACUGAAGAAAAUUCUAUAGAAGUAGAAAAUGACUGAAGAUGGCAGGAGAAUGGAAGAAGAGGAACGUGGCCCCGGAGCGGUCUACCAUGUGUUCAUCCUCAUGGAGGACUUGUUGGAGAAAUUGAAACUACUUGAUUAUGAAGAAGAUUUACUAAGGAAACACAAUAUGAGGCCAAUAUCACGGCUAUAUUUUGCAAUACCAACCAACCCUGGCGAGCAGUUCUACAUGUUUAGCACUCUUGCUGCAUGGCUUAUAAAUAAAGCCGGGCGAUUCUUUGAACAGCCACAAGAAUACGAUGAUCCAAAUGCAGUCAUUUCCAAAAUUCUUACAGAGUUGCGUUCAUUUGGUGGCACCGCAGAUUUCCCCCCCUCUAAACUGAAGGCAGGUUAUGGAGAACAAGUGUGCUACGUCCUUGACUUUUUAGCAGAGGAAGCCUUAAAACAUAUAGGUUUUACAUGGAAGAGACCAUCCUACCCAUCAGAGGAAUUGGAAGAAGAGGUUGUUGCAGAAGAUGAUGCAGAGUUAACAUUAAAUAAGAUUGAAGAUGAAAUAAUUGAAGAAGAUUCAGACAAUGAUGAAGAACAGUUCUUAGAUUUAAAUGUUCUUAAGGCACAAACCAGCAAGUUGAAUUCCGGUGAAUCUACUAAGCCAGGAGAGAUUUUGGAAUCCAAUACAGAUGCGGCAGAGUGGUACCUGGAAGUGGAGCGGGUUCUUCCUCAGUUAAAGGUCACAAUCAGAACUGACAAUAAGGACUGGAGAGCCCAUGUGGAUCAUAUGCAUCAGCACAAAGAUGGCAUGGAAACAUCCUUAAGUGAAACAAAGGGAUAUCUGGACAAGCUCCAUAGUGAAGUCAGCAAGACUUUGGAGAAGGUGGGAAGUCGUGAGAAGUAUAUCAACAGCCAGCUAGAUCCCUUGAUCCAAGAGUAUCGAGCUGCACAAGCCAAACUAAGUGAGUUAAAAGAGCAACAUAAAGAAGUAACUGAAAAGGUUACAGAAAAGACACGAAUCCUGUCUGAGCUAAAUGAAGAGUUAGAAAAAGUAAAGCAGGAAAUUGAAGAAAAAGGAAGCAGCAUUACAGAUGGUGCUCCCCUUGUGAAGAUGAAGCAAGCCUUAACAAAGCUGAAGCAGGAGAACAUUCAGAUGGACAUUAGGAUUGGUGUUGUGGAGCAUAUGUUGCUUCAGUCAAAGCUGAAAGAGAAAUCUAUCAUGACAAGAGACAUGCACGCUGCAGUUAUUCCAGAAUCUUCUAUUGGAGACUAUUAAAUAUCACAGAGUCCUAGUUUUCAAAGAAAAAUAAAAUCGAGAUCUUGUCUGUAUAUAAAUCUAUAUUUUAUAUGUACAAUUCUCCAUUAUUUCCAGUGGUAAAAAUAUUGUUUAUUGUUGCAGCCAGGUUGACACCUGCAAACCUAUAAAGUUACAAUCUAGCAGAACUUAAAGGGGUUGAAUGGUGAAUAAUUUCUUUUUUUUCGUUUUGUAUUUAAAGCAAUAAUUCCAGCCUGCCCGCUAAAAUCAUAAAAACCUUAAUUGACCUUCCUUGGCUCCCUCGUAGCUCCGGUAUCAUGGUGCUCUGCCUGUGGCCAGUGUUGCUUCUUUAACCAAGCUGCAAAUUGUAGCAUCUACAGCCGGGGGAACUCACAGUGAUUGGCUGGGUGGCACUGUGAUGUCACAGGUUCGGGAAGAAGACAGUCAGCAGAGACUGGCAAGAGGCGGGGCGCACUGAUACCAGAGUCUACGAGGGAGCAGAGGAAGGUUAAAGACUUUAUUAGGCAGUCAGGGAACAUUUAUAGAACACUUUUCCCAUAUCCAGACUAGAUUUUGUGCAGGAUUUCCAGUGCAUUAUACUUUAUGCAUAGUGGCCAUUCUAUGGUGAGUAGAAUUGUGGGUUGUCUUCUCCAAUAGAUUUUGCUGUUAUUGGUAAAUACUGUCCUGUUUUCUAUUUUUGUAUUUUAGAAAAUGUAUUUAUUCUUACUGGGAAAUCAUUUUAAUUGGCAAAUUAUUUUGUAAGUGCUGGUAAAAUAUAUAUUUUAAAUACUG